GCCAGCUGCAGAGACUGGGAUGGCGUCCAAGGCUGUUAGAGGGGAGGAGGUGGGCCGUUUUGCUGCCUGCUCGAGAUCUGUUCAAUAUGGUGAAGUCAGUGUGCUUGGCUGAGAUUAACGCUAAAUAUAGAUCGAAAGAGACAGUCUGUUUCGUGACUGCCUUCAUGGGUCCUGCAGGGGCUGACAGGCUCCUAUGGGGCUAAAAGUGGAGGGGAACAGCAGUACAAGUUUUGCUCUGGGGCUUUGGCACGGGCUGUGUUCCUCCAUACUGGCCUUUUACCUGAACGUGGCUAUGUUAUACAAUGGAAAAAACUUCUUUGGAAAUUAACCUCCCCAAUACUGAUGAAGAAAGAAAGCUUUACGUAGUUGAUUCCUUAAACAACCUGAACAAACUAAAUGUUUGCCCAGAUGAAUUUCAGCGUCCACUGGAUGAGGACGUUGAGAGCACCGGUGGUACUAGAGAGGACAUGACAGGGAGUAAAGCAAGAAACCAGUGCUACUUCUUCAUUGCCUUCAUUCUUACUUUGAUAGUCAGUUUGGCAAUUGUUUCAUUUGUAAUAUUCUUAAUAAUUCAAACUAGAAACAAGAUGGACCAAAUAUCAAGCAGACUCAUAUCUGAAAGGAAGAACAUAGAAGAGCUUAAGAAAAUGAACAAUAUGAUACUAAAGUAUCUAAAUCAAUCAGGAAUGAAGGAAAAGGAAAGAUACCUCUUCACACAGUCUCCCGACCUUCAUGAUUACUUCUUCACCCAUCCAGAGAUGAAAGUCUCUGGAGAAUAGAUCUACUUUGGAAUGAAACUCGGCAUCACUUUAUUCAUGUAUUCAGAUGUUUUCACAUAUGAUAUACAGACAUUCUGAUAUGGUCACAGGAACAUUACAAAGGCUAUCUGAAUGAAAAAUAUUAGAAAAGAAUAUAGGAUUCUGUUUGAUGUGAACACAGAUUUUGAAAACUAAGCCCAUAUAAUUCCCUAUAAACAGUGAAUAGUCAACAGUUUUCAGUAGUUUCAGAUUCUCUGUGCGUUGAAAAUUACAGGGCUAGGAGCUUAGUUUUACUUCAGAUGUAAGUGAUCACAUAGAAUAGUGAUUUUUAUUCAAGUGAUUCUUGCAUGGCCUUACUGACAUUGGAACAACUUCUGUCUAUGCUUCCAUAUUAUUUGUAUUCAUGGACAACUGCAGAUUUCAUCACUUACAAAUAAAUUAGUUUUGCCACUGA